CCGCUUCAUUCCUCAUUUUUUUCCCUUUUCUGCUCUUUUCAAUCACGUCGCAGCCCGAUCCGCUCCUUCCGCCUGGCAGUCUUCUCCGCCAGCAUUCCCACGCCAUCCAUCUGAACGCCGUUGCCCGUAUUGUGUCUCUUGUUGAGCAUCGUGCGCAGCUCCGACAUCACCAGCACCAGCAGCACCAGCAGUCACUGAAUCUGUCAUCAAAUGAAGAAAACUUUGGCAUCCAUUCUGUGCCUGGCCUCGGCGGCCCUCUUCACGGGCAUCCUCUGCGAGCGCGACUUUAACAUGCCGCUGGGAAUUGCUCCGCUCAUCACUGGAGAGCCAAACAAAAUCUCCUCCAGCGACGUCUAUGCCGUGUUCAAGCUCCUGCCCAUGUUCUUCUUGCUCGUGGUUGUGUACACCUCUGGUCUCGGCCAGCGCUACAAUUUGCUCGUCUUUUUCGGACUGAUCGCAUCCUCGUUUGGCGACUACUUCCUGGUCUACCAGAACGUUGAUAAGAUGUACUUUGUCUAUGGCAUGGCCUCGUUUGGCCUGGCCCAUCUCUUGUAUGUGCUUGCGCUCGGCUUCCGUCCGCUCCGCCUCGGCCUGGCCGUCAUUCCGUUCUCGCUUGGCAUUGCCAGCCAGUACAACUUGAUGCUUGGCACCUUGCCCGAAAAGCUCGUCAUUCCUGUCGGCAUCUACCACUUGCUGAUUGCCAGCAUGAUUUGGCGUGCGCUUGCUCGCAAGUCUGUUCCUCAUGCCGACGGAACUAGCCCCAGCUUGGCCGCAUAUGGCGCCCUGCUUUUCGGCGUCUCGGACUCUCUGCUUGGCUUGAACAAAUUCCGCUACCCCUUUGUCCAGGCACAUCUCGUUGUGAUGGUCACCUACUAUGCAGCACAAUUCCUGAUUGCGCACUCCGUUGCCAAGCGUAAAGCCAAGACAGCCUGAAUAAACAACAACAAAAACAAAGCACGGAGCGGUCGUAUUUUCGUUUCGUUGAUGAACUUGUCCACACAAAGUGUUGUAUUCAAGCAUGUCAUUCUCAACUUAGAACGCAAUCAUUACCAAUGUACAUCUACAUGAAGCUCGCACAGGUUCAC